UGAUGGUCAGAGGUAUUUGUGACGACACCAAUGACGGAGGACAGUUUUAAGGCGCAGCCGCAGUAGUUGGAGAAAGGAUAGUGAUUUCGCUGAGUUGCUGUUCCAGUAACGCUUCAACGGUACAGAGCGUUCUGGAAAUAUACACACAUUCACACGGAAGGCAUCGACUACUGUACUACUCUCCGUUGAAUUUAAAUAUACACAGCACGUUACAACAAACGUAGCUCUGCUGGCUUUCAAGGAACUGGUUUCACGUUGUUAUAGGGAGUUCAAUGUUCGAGUUUCUGGGAUCAGGGGUCUGUUUGAAACCUAGCAACAUGGUCUCCUCACUUGCAUAUGUGCUGAAGUAAGCUGGUGACUCCCAACACUAUAAAAGUUUCCUCGGACCCUUCGUCUGACACUUCAUCGCAGGGAACCGGCAUGGCAGGAUUCAAACGGGGGUACGAUGGGAAGAUCGCUGGACUGUAUGACCUGGAUAAGACCUUGGGCCGGGGCCAUUUUGCAGUUGUCAAGCUGGCCCGGCAUGUGUUCACAGGGGAGAAGGUGGCAGUGAAGGUCAUCGAUAAGACCAAACUGGACUCUGUGGCGACCGGUCACCUGUUCCAGGAGGUGCGCUGCAUGAAGCUGGUGCAGCAUCCCAAUAUCGUGAGGCUCUACGAGGUCAUCGACACACAGACCAAGCUCUACCUAAUCCUGGAGCUGGGUGACGGUGGAGACAUGUUUGACUAUAUCAUGAAGCAUGAGGAGGGGCUCAGCGAGCAACUGGCCAAGAAAUACUUUGCCCAGAUCGUCCACGCCAUCUCCUACUGUCACCGGCUCCAUGUGGUACACAGGGAUCUCAAGCCUGAGAACGUGGUCUUCUUUGAGAAACAGGGGCUGGUCAAGCUCACAGACUUUGGCUUCAGUAACAAGUUCCAGCCUGGCAAGAAGCUGACCACAAGCUGCGGCUCGCUGGCUUAUUCAGCACCUGAAAUCCUGCUGGGGGACGAGUAUGAUGCUCCUGCAGUUGAUAUUUGGAGCUUGGGAGUAAUUCUUUUCAUGUUGGUUUGCGGACAGCCACCUUUUCAGGAAGCCAAUGACAGCGAGACUCUCACCAUGAUCAUGGACUGCAAAUACACAGUGCCGACACACGUCUCGCAAGACUGCAAAGAUUUAAUUAACCGGAUGUUGCAGAGAGACCCGAAAAGGAGAGCCUCCUUAGAAGAGAUAGAGAACCAUGCUUGGCUCCAGGGAGUGGACCCCUCUCCAGCAACCAAAUACAACAUCCCCCUGGUCUCCUACAAGAACCUCUCUGAGGAGGAGCACAAUGGGAUUAUACAGCGCAUGGUGCUGGGGGACAUCGCCGACCGUGACACCAUUGUUGAGGCUUUGGAAACGAACAAGUACAAUCACAUCACCGCCACUUACUUUCUACUUGCCGAGAGGAUUCUGAGAGAGAAGCAAGAGAAAGAAAUCCAGACCCGCUCUUCCAGCCCCAGUAAUAUCAAAGCGCAGUUCAGGCAAUCCUGGCCAACAAAGAUCGACAUCCACCAAGAUCUUGAGGACAGCCUAGCAGCUUCUUCCAUCUCUCACUCAAGCAUCCCACAGUCACCAGCCCGCAGUGCUGAGAAUCUGCUCAACGGACACCGUAGCAAAACACUGCUGGAACUGGGGAGACGGGAAGAGGUGGCACAAUCCUCUGUGUUGUCCUUGGUCUCCGCAGGCACCUCCUCUGUGCUCUCCUCCCUAACCACCACCACCUCCCUGAAACCCACUGCAGCUACCAGCAAGGGCCGCACAUGUCUCUUCCGGGUGGAGGAGGAUGAGGAAGAGGAGGAGGAAGAGCAGCAUCUGGCCCAGCUCCCCACCCAGGUGGUCCUACGGCGCAAGCCCUCCAUCACCAACCGGCUGACAUCCCGCAAGAGCGCUCCAGUCCUCAACCAGAUCUUCGAGGAGGAGGGCGAAUCUGAUGACGACUUCGAUAUGGACGAAAGCCUGCCGCCCAAGCUGAGCCGCCUCAAGAUGAACAUUGCCUCGCCAGGCACCGUCCACAAGCGCUACCACCGCCGGAAAAGCCAGGGCCGUGGUUCAAGCUGCAGCAGCUCCGAGACCAGCGAUGAUGACUCCGAGAACCACCUCCGCCGACUGGACAAGGAAACCGGCUUUGCUUAUUCUUGGAACCGGCGGGAUAGCAGCGAGGGCCCACCUGGAAACCCGGGAGGGAACAGUGGUGGCGGAGGAGGAGGAAGUGGACAGAGCAAACCCCCUGGGGAGGGCAACCCAGGGCCAGAUAGGGGCAGCCCACCUGGAGGAGGUGGUGGAGGCGGGGGCGGCAAAGGUGGGGAGGGCAGCCCUUCUAGCAGCUCUAGCGGCGGCAGUACAAACAACACUUCGGGCUCCACCCGCAGCUGCUCGCAUUCCUCCCCUUCACACAAGACCGCUGGUGAGCUGGUGGAGAGCCUGAAGCUCAUGAGUCUCUGUCUGAGCUCCCAGUUUCAUGUUGGUGGUAAUAGUGGCCUUGUGGGCAGCAAGUACAUCAUAGACCCUCAGAACAACCUGACCUUCCCCAGCGUCAAGGUGCAGGAGAAAUCCACCUGGAAGAUGUGCAUCGGCUCCAACGGCAGCCUGGACAAGACCUUGUCUCCUACUACCACAGCCCUUAGUGUCGGCCUGGGUGGCCCUAAGUCUUAUCCCGGCCAAAUGACUGCUACCGUCAAUGAGCUGGAACUGGCUAAGGAGAACAACAUGAACUUGAAGAACAAUGUCCUGCAGCUACCUCUCUGUGAAAAGACCAUCUCUGUGAACAUUCAGCGGAACCCUAAGGACGGCCUGCUUUGUACCUCAAGUCAAACCAGCUGCUGUCAAGUGAUAUGAUGGUGGCUGUCUUACCACCUACAACCAUCUCUGUAGCAUACUUUUACUUGACAGUACCACUCUUUCAGUUCAGAACUGUGAAUAACCUCUCUGUAAACAUCCCUUUUUAUUUUUUGUCUUAAGCUUUUAUACAGGCUUUAAGAGUUAUUUAUUGUGUAUCGAGUAGAUCGACAAUGCAUGAAGAGGUGCAUGCUGCUAGUGGUUUUUGAUUUCUCGCCUCUAAGUAAGGACCCCCCCACCCCUCCCCAUUUUCUUUUAAAGCUUAUAGUUUAGUUUGUAGGGUUCCCCAAACAAAGGGAUAGAAUUAAACAAUUUUAUUAAAAAUUAAAGUUUUGCAGUUGAAAUAAAAAGGGUAAAAAAGAAAAAAUGGCACUUGAUAGCUUUAUGAGCAAGCUUAGAACAUGUUAAUUGGGAACUGAUAAGCCCCUGUUUUGUGGUAAGAGCUGUUAGGAUGGAGAACCAAAGCAAUAAAGCGAGACCUUAACAAACCCUUGAGAGGGCUUCUGAUAUUCCAAGGCUUUUACAAGUCAAACAGAUGCAAUGAAAGUUAAUACAGUAAUCUUAAUAUUGAUUUGAUCUCCACACUGGUGAGUCUUAAAUUGCCAUUUUGUGCAACUGACCAAUAGAAUUAAAGGAAAAAAAGAAUGCCUACGUGGUAAGAGCUGAAAUACUGCAUUUUACCAUGACAGACGAGACUAAUCGUGCUGUUACUUGAAAUUGCACACAGACAAUCUUUGUUUAAAACAUGAUCUAAAUUUAACUUUGAUUUUUAGCUGCUGAUGAAAUAAGUAUAUACUAAUUACAUUUUUCUUACCAGUAGUCCUUGUUCUCGCACUGAAUUCCCCUAUAACCCGACUCGCACAUACUUGACAGUUUCAGUUAGCGCAUUUUUUGUCCAUAUCAAUGGUGUAAAAAUUGCUUUUUUUUUUUUUUAAUCUGCAGUGGAUCUUUGCUAUAUAACUAUAGCCGUAUGUUUGGUGAAAUAAUAAUAUAUUAUAAAAACAUUUAAACAAACUGUGGCUAUAGCUUGACCUGUAAUGUAAAUCGUUACACAAUAAGAUAUUGCAUACAGUGAUCAAUCUGUACACCAAAAAAUGCAAACAUAAAAAGCAUAGCUCUGUACUGUAAUUAUUUUAAUGGUGAUGCAAUAUUGUAGAAGCACUUCUACUAUGGUUGUGCAGACAUGCUAAGCCAAUCCCCUUAUAUAUUAAUCAUGUCUCUUUAUUUUUUUCUAUUCUAUUUUAAUUUAAUUGUAAUUCUGCUGGAAACCAGUUGCAGUAUUAGAGAAUUGUCUCGGAUGCACUGUUUUGAAUGAGAGGACAGUAGCAGGAGUCAGUGUUACAGAUUUAAAGUAAAGGUGAGAAAAAUAUAGCAAAGGUCCAUUGCAUUUAAAAAUACAUACUCGUGGUUAUUUAUUGUAGAUGUAACCCUGUUGCUAAUGUACACAACACCACUGACCUAGAGUCUUCUGGGAGAGAGCAGAGGUUACCAACAACCACUGCCAAUCACUGACUUCUCCUGUUUGUAUAUCUAAAGUUUUGGUUUCCUUCCACAUCAGCCCAAGCCACUGCUGUAAAAUAUAUAGGCUCUGUACAGUCUCAAAGUCCUCUUUGACAAAGGAGUAUUGAGUUGAUAAGCUGCAAUGAACAGACUUGGUAGAAAGACACUGAUGGCAGAACCAUCCUUCCGAUAAAAUGUUUGCAUCGUAACCUACAGUACAGGAAGGGUUGAUAAGCUGUGAGUAGGCGGGUGUUCCCACUUGUUCUGUUUUUCCAUUUGCACACUCUCCAGCUGUAAAACCCCAUCUUCCUUCUGUCAGUCGAGGCCUGCAUACAUUAGUUUUAAGUGGAUCUGUAUAUUCACUAGCAGUGUGUCAUUGCAUAAGAUGUAUCUUGCAGCAGUUUGUGUAGGAAAAAGAUUCAUAUGUGUAUGUUUAUGAGGUAUAUUUUCAGCAACAGCUGAAUAUUGCCUUCUGCAACUGUCUACUAGUGUAUACUGUGCCAGAAUGUUACUUUGAAAGUUUGCCAAUGGGAAGUGGACAUGGGUUCAGGGAGCCUUCAGCUACUGUAAACCUGCUUCACCCAGCUGGAGUGCUUCCAGGGGCAAUGUGAGAAAUGGUUUGGUUUCAAGAAACCCAAGACAAAUUGGGAAGGAGACAGCAAAAAUAUUUUUAAAUGAUAUUCUUGGCAUACAGUUCUUGAGACUCAAUAUAGUAAAUGACUCAAGUACCCCUUUAGUACGAAACACUCUGAUUUAAACCCAUCACUCGGUGUGUGUGUGUGUUUGUUUGUUUGGGGUUUUCAUUUUUCUAAAUGAAUUUUGCCUUUUUCCAGCAAUUCAAAAGUAUCGAUAUCUAAUGUAAAUUGCACCUCAGUUAUUUUUUUAACACAAUAUUUCUUAGACUCGUUUUAAAAUAAGAGUGUUAAUAUGUAGAUUAUAGCCUUUUUAUUUUAAUAACAAAGUUAAUUAAUUUGUUUUCAGAGGUCUGUUGAAAUAAUGGUUUUAUCGUGGAUGGAGUUUGUUUGUUUGUUUUUUUGUUUGUUUGUUUGUUUGUUUGUUUGUUUAAGAGCCAAAAAAAGUAGCAUGUUUCUCAAGGCAACAAUAUGGCUAUAGUGGUGCUAUCACUGAUUUAAUCCAGAUCUCGGUUCAGUGCACAAGUGCAAGCUUAGAGUUAACUUGAAGAGCUUGGUGUGGAAGGGGCAGACCAUUCAGUGAUGGCUAAUGGUGCCUAUUUGGCAGUGUUCAAUAGCCAUAUAAAAGAUAAUUAAAAUAAUGGGCUGCUCGCAAUUCUUGAGCGUUAUUUAAUUUAACUACUUAAGAAAAAUAGGGAUAUUGUUAUAUUAAAAGGGCAUUUGCAAUAAUCUAUAUGUUGCAGCUAUCUGUAAAUAUAUAUUUUUGUUGGUUUAUAUUUAACAUGUACAGCCUUGGAAUGGCACCUUGGGGGGGGGGGGGG